AGCGCCCUCAAGAUUUUUGAGAAGCCGACGACGUGUCCUUCUUUCUGUUGUUUCCGAAGUGGUAGGGCAACAUGGCAAAGUUAAUGUUAUUUAGCAUCCUUCUUGUUUUUCCUCUUCUAGUUUCAGGGCAAAAAUGUGAAGGUGCCAAAGUAAAAGAAAAGGUGUAUUCUACCAGUGAUGCUGUAACAUCUUCACAAACUGUUUUUUCUGUAGAAUUUAAAUUGGAUUGUAAGAAUAAUGCUAAGAAUUUAUUUUUAAAUGCUGAUGUUAAUGGCUAUCAAAUGCCAGUUGGAAGAACUGGAGAUAACCAAUACCAAGUCAGUUGGUUGGAAGAGCACAGUGCAGCUAAAGCUGGUCAAUAUGAUGUCAAGAUAUUUGAUGAAGAAGGAUUUAGUGCCAUGAGAAAGGCUCAACGUGAUGGUAAAACAGAUUCUAAGCCACUAGUUACAAUUCCAGUCAUCCAUAAGGGUGUAUCCAGUGGUGUUUGGGUCAGGACAGAAGUAGUAGUAACUGGAGCCAGUCUAUUUGUAUGGUACAUGGCAUACAGAGCUAAAUCUAACAUCCAGGCCUAAGAAAAUACCAUCUUUACCAUUCAAAAACAAGGUCCACAAACUCUAUAAUUUUCCACAAUAUUACCUAAAAUCUGAAGCCCUUUUCUCUCUUUUGAUGAACUUAAAUAAAAAUAUUGAUUAUUAUUUAAUAAUUUUCAGAAGACACGUGAAUAAUAAUAGUUUCUUUCGAAUAAUAAUAGUUUCUUUGUGGUCAUUGAAAGUAACAUCCAAAAUUAGUUUACAGUGAGUGAAAGCAAGUUCAACUUGGGGGUAGAAACAAUUACAAUUUGCCAUUAUUAUUUUAUUAUGGGUUAAAUCAUGUAGGAAUAGUCACAUGUUGUUUGUUACUGCCUCAAACAUAGCAGGAUUCCCUGGGGUUCCAGGAUGCUAAUAAUUUCAGUUUCUACAGGAAAUACUCUUCGAUGGGGUGUGACGAGGUUAGACAUUAAUGGGCUACAGCUUUUUGUGCAUUGAACAGUAACAUGUUACCAUAUUUCGUUUAAAAAUCUCUCUCAACGUCCUUUUUAGAUUCAUUUCAAUCAACUGUCACAUUUUCUUGUGGUUGCCAUUUUAGUAUUAAAAGCCUGGUGAAAAUUAA